AGGCCCUCAUAUAGGUAAGAGUGUAUCCUAAGCGUGUUAAAGGACCAAAAAUCAGUUUCUACUUCUUUUGGUUGCCUUAUUUUUUAUGCGACGUGCGCCCGCCUGUAAAUGGGUUUCUCCUUGGCUUCCUUUACUCCUAUUCCAUUCUCAUUUGUUCGAACAAUUUAAGAAAUUGUCGCCCUGUCCUGUCUCAGCACCCUGGCCAUUGCGCAUAAGAAACACUAUGCAUGUGUGAAGUUUAUAGUAAAUAAAGUAUGAUUGUCUAUUGUCAAAGCCCGUUGUUUUUGUGGUUUAUAAAAAUUCAACACUCUAUUUGCCGCUCGUCGUUCGCUUGCUCCCUCUCAGUUAAUUUCAUUUGAUUUAUAUGGAUUGUGCAAAUGGAAAUGGAAGUGGGAGUGUAAGUGGGAGUGGAAAUCGGGAUGGGGAUGAUGAGCUUGGCUUUGAAGUUGGGGUUAAGCCAUGUUCUGUAAUCGCUCUUGUUGAUGACGCUGAUUCUGGAUGCUAUUGUGGUCAAUAAAUUACCAGCUGUGCAGAAAAGCCUUUCACGCUUUUGUUCCUUUUCACACAUUUGAAGUGCACUUUAUGCUUUUUGCAUGCGCAAUUCGCAAUUAAUUAAAACAAUUAUGUAGGCAACGACACAACAUCACAACAACAACAACAACAGGAACAGGAAAAAGGCAAACAAGAGGGCAGACCAAAACAAAAAAAAAGACCUUCGACAAGAAACACGAAAUUUUUCUGCGGUGAAAUGUCAUGUCGCCUGUCAACCACACAUUUCCAGUUCGAGUACUAUGCAAUUAUAAAAAUGAAAGAACAGGUCUGCUUAAAUUACCGACCACAUCAGACAACGCUUACACCUUGCUUCUUGAGUCAAACUUAAUUCCAAAAUGGAGAGAAUUAAGCAAAUAUUUAACUAUUUUUUGAACUAUUUCUGUGAACUAUGCAAUUGUUCCUGUAUCUCAUGACCACAUCGAUAUCAUUAGUGUUAAUCGUGGAAAACGACGGUACGCCAUUAAUGUCAUUAUUGGAUGGCACUUUCCUGGAGAGCCACAAUUAUUCGACAGAAAGCCCUGAAGGCAGGCUGAGUUCUUAUCCAUUGGGAAAUGCAAAGGUACGAAGUACCUCAACUAUAAUACCAAAUAGAUUGAGUAAAAUGUUAAGCCAAAAAAAUGACAAUAAGGUUAAUAGAGAAAUCGCCGACAGAGAAGAACGUAAAAGAAUUGAGAGUCUAUGGGACCCCGUUCUCAAUCAAAGCUACGACUUUUCUAGAUUUGAGGGUCAUGAAAACACUUCUAUUAGAAUAAGUAAAAAGUUUACCCGAAAAGAUCAGGAAAAUAUACAAAAAAUUGAAGACGAAGAAGAACAGAGGAUACAAAACCUGUGGAAUCCCGCUUUAAAUGAAACCUACGUCUCUUCGAUCGUAGGAAAUGAUGAUAAUGAAAGCGAGAACGACAAAAUUAAAAUGGUAGAUGCAAAAAAAAAAAGCUUUAACUGCGAUGAUUCCACAUCUAAUAUGUCAUUACCUUGCAUAACACCAAGUGCUAAUACUUUAGAAGAAGGAAAUUCUGUGAAAAACGAAUCGUUAGCGGAGAGAAGCCGAAGACGAAGAUACCCACUGAAAGCAAGAAUAUACAUCAUUCCGAAAUUAAAUUACGGACAAAUAUAUUCAAUAUUCACGACUAUACCCAGCUUGGGCAAGGAAAAUUUUGUGCUUAAAAUUACAGUGGAUACGAAAGAUUACUUAAUCGACGAAGUGGAUACUGCAGUUGAUAUUGCAUUUUCGGGAUGGAAUAAAACAACAAAUUUGCGCGGUUUAUUGAAAAAAAACGGCAUAGUAAUCAAACAUCUUCUCUAUAAUCGUUGCUAUUAUUACCGCAGUACAGCUAGUUUUUUCAAUAUUAAUCACAGAUACGUUAUCGCCAAAAUAAGUUCAAUGGAGGACAGCAAAAAGCAACUUUCAAGAGCGGUGCGUAGAAAAAUAAAAGUGCACAGGCCACCGAAAGUGGCUUGUCUACCCGCUUUGAAGUUAGAAUUCUGCAAAAAUCCCGACGAGCCAGUUGAGAUUUCGCCCUGGGGUCAUCGGGAAUUUUUCGCAACUAUUAGCGAGAGCUGUCCCACAGUAGAAUAUAAAUUUAUUAGCUGGAAUUUCUAUGAUAUUACUGAGAAAAACCUUAUAGCUAGAAUACAAGGAACCACAGAUCUAGUCGUAAAAUUACUGCCUUACAAGGUUGAAUUUCUUUACGAACCGGAUACAACAAAAGUGUUUCUAUUACAAGGGAAAGUCAAAUUAAACGAUGUCCUUACUGUAGCUCGUUGCUAUGCGAUAUACAAAACACCCCAAGUUGAGCCCCAAAUCAGAGGCAAUGAGCAGCGCAAGGUCGACGUUCGCAAGCCAGUUAUUAUCGAUGGGUCCCUCUCCAAGGACCGAAUUAAAAAUAAGGAAUCUCUUGCCACAAAGCAUUUUUUUUGGAGUUGUCGCAGUCGGAACGAUCCUGACAACAAAUAUUGUUAUCGAGAUAUGUCCGAGAACCCCGUCGUGAAACUGCCAGCCAAUGCCCUGAAGGCAGGUGGCGAAUACAACUUCAGUUUGACCGUCAUUUCGAAAAUUGACUUUCGGAACCGGAAGACAGUCACUCAAAGGGUGAGGGGCAUCUCCGAACAAACAGUCACGCUUCAAAUCGAAUGCCGGCGAAACUGUGAUCUCGGGGUAUAUGCUCCGUUGGAAAGUGUUCACCUGGUGCCAGUAUGCGAAGAUUGCCCGUCGAAGAUAAGGCGAUACGAGUGGUGGGUGUUGGUGGAAGGAGAAAUGCCCUAUCUGGAAUCGCGGUAUAAAUAUCUGAUCCUACGCAUUGUGGAGCCCAUCGUUUCCAUCCGGCUGAGGGUGGUGAUGGAUAAAAGAUUGACGGCCGAUGCUUUUUACACUCUGCGCCGAAACUACGGUCCUGACAAAGGCACUUGCCACAUCUCUCCAUCUUUUGGCGUCGAAGCAAAAAGCAUUUUUGAGAUCGCUUGCCUGGGCUUUGAGUCGCCCUACUCUCCGGUGACCUUUCGCUACAAGGUUAAAUUGGGCGUGCUCGCCUCGAAUGUGCCGUAUACGAGAUUUAAACUUACUUUGCCCGCCACCAACAAAAUCAUGGUUUCGAUUUGCGAUAACAUCGAUAUGUGUGUGGACCGCGUGCUGAAAGUGAAGGUUCUGGCGACUAGGAACGACUUUGGCACACACUCUACAAGUUUGAUUGACACGAUAUUGGGGGAAGUACCGAAUAUGCUGCUGCGUGGCCAUUGGCAUAGGGCCUAUGUCAAGGGUCUCGUGGCCACCCGAUGGAUCCGGACGACCAAAAAUGGCCAGCAGGUGUACUCGUAUUUCCAGAAUGAAAAGGCAAGAACGGGAUCCCAGCUGGAGCAGAUCACCAACCUGGCCACGCGCAUUUUGACCCGCCUGACGCCAGUCGAUUACCAUGGAGCCACGCUAAUGGGGGUAAUUUUCAACAAGCUUUGCGAAAUCUUUGAGGACAUCAUUAACGAGAACGAAUGGCUGCAUCGGGAUGCUUACUUCUCGUUGACGGCCAUGCAUAUGUUUUUCAUGUCCAUACUGGGCAAAAAAUCGGAGCAACAUUCGGUUGCCAUGUGCAAGCCCCAUAUUUCGGAGUGCUUAAAUGUGAAAAAAUUCGAUCUGGAGAAGCACUUUACGAUCGUGUUUGAUCCCCUGAUUCUCCUACGCAUCAAUAGCUGGAUGGCGAACACCUGGUUCCUGUACAAGUGCGUCUUUUUCCUGGGCGUCCUGGCCACCCAUAGACACUAUCCUUAUGACGACGCCUUGACAGUCCACCAAGGCGGCAUUGCCUAUCAGGUGAAUGUAACUGAGGUUACGAAUCACGCCAAAGGCUUCACCCUGGCCACAAUCGACAAAAUCCACGUCAUCGAAUUCUCGGCAAAGCUUCUCCACGAGCUGAAAAGCAGCCUGAAGCACAGCUCCAUUCUGUUCCAGACCAUCUCGCAGCAGAACCACCACAAUAUCUUCUGGUGGUAUCCGGAUCCACUGCCCACGAAGACCAGUGUACUAAUCGUCCACGCCUACAGUCCCGUCAAGUAUUUCAGAACCGCAGAGGAGUCCGAGCUGUCGAAUCCGCUGGUCUACAAGACGAACAUCACCCAGUUUAACGAGGAGCUAUCCUUCACCCAAAGGAUGGUCAAUGGCAGCAUUGAAAAUGUCACGGAAAUUCACAUAUACAGCAUGAUGCUGGACAACAAGGCCAUGCUGGCGGUGCGAAUUGUGGGCUGUUCGGAGCCGAUGCACAUCAAGAUGCAGAUGCACAGGUGGCCCACGUUUAGGGAUCUCAGACACGGCUGCUGUCAUAUACACCCCGAGAUGAAGGGAAAGCGCAUUUGGAUGGCCAACUCGUGUGGUCGCAGCCGGGCAUUUGUGUCCAUUCACAGGCCAUCUAAAAAAAAGAGGAAGAAAAAUAAGUACUUGAGAAAUGCCAGGCAUAGGGAGCCAUCAAUUAGGGCAAAACAAAUGAACUACUCGAUACUGCUGGAGAUAUUCGCGUGCAACUUCUGGAAGAACCGAAGUUUGGAUCCCGGCUGGAGCGAGGAUUAUUGCACCACCACCUUCGAGCACAGUUAUGGCACGUCCGUUCAGUGCACUUGCCACACUUUGGGCACCCUGUCCUCUCGUAUUUUACCCAUCUCAGCGGAACUGUUUGUGGAGCACAUACCCGUGCCCAUACUGUUAUUUAAUGCACUCGUGCUGAUUCUAUUUGUUCUCCUAUUUCUGUUGCUCAUCAUCAUGAUGCUCUUCAACAUAGGCUUUGUCACGGCUUAUCGGAGGGAGCAGAGCAUUUUGCAGUGCCAAUCGGCCAAAAAAGUGGAGAAAGUAGAUCAAUGGAUCACCCAUGGAUCGGAGAUACUUCUGGUGAUUAUAACCGGUGGUCAGGAGUUUGCGGGCACCACGUCGAACAUAAAGUUCUACUUCAAGUCGCCGCAACGCCAGCAGAUGACGUACCAGAUCGCUCAGGAUCCGGGACAUCCGAAGUUGUUGAGGAACAGCACUAAUAUGCUGAUGGUUCCCAGGGGCACCAUCUAUAUACCCACCCGGCUGGCCUUGGGAAUCGAGCGGAAUGGUCGCUAUCCAUCGUGGUACUGUCGCUCCGUCACAGUGGUGGAUCUCGAUUCCAAUUUCCAGCAGCUGUUCCUCGUGAAGAGUUGGAUUGAGCGGGGUCACACGCCAUUCAUGCGGUCCAAAUACUUUACGAAGGGCUCCUACCGUAAGACGCCCAAGUACAGUUGGUGCAAGCGUUUGAGGAACCGUGCCGAGCAGCUAUUUGUCAGCUGGUUCAUUAUCAACCCAAUCACAGGACCCUGGCAAAGUAGUGUGGGCGGUUUCACCUUGAAUCGAUUCCAACGCACCUCCGUGUGGAUCUGCAAGUUGGCCAUAACCGUGACGGUUAUCUGUGUGUAUUUCGGAAAGAGCACCGUGGAGACCAUUCAGGAGGAUAAAAGGCUAAACAUUCAAGAUCACAUUAGAAUAAGCGCAGUGGCUGCCCUGGCGUUUUACGCUUUUGUCAUCGGAUUGUUUAUACAUUUCCUAUUUGAAGGGCUUAUUUUACGUUGGCUUUUUCCGUAA